AUGCGGCUUAAGCUUUAUUUUGUGGUCAGAUUUGUUGCUGGGAAGGAGGUGAAGCCGCUUCAUCAACGCACUCCAGCAAGCGCCCUCCGUUCCAUCAUUGUUCAUCUUCCCUCCUUCUACGGAUUCGAGGAGGAGGUUCACAUCCGACGUGCCCUGCCUUUGUCAUCUGCUUACGGAGUCUUGAUCGAGAUUCUGACGGACGCAUCAGCUAAAUGUAUGACCAGAUCAUCUACCAGUGAUCUACUAGAUUUUGAUUUAGAAAUUGAUAGGACAUUUCAUAUUUUGUUGAGAAAUCAGAAGAGAGCAAAAACAACUUCAACAAGUAGCUUCCCAGUGAUUGAAUUUAACAUGGAGAACAAACAAACACUUAGGGAGUUGGCUGCACCAGAUGUUUCUUAUAACUCAUUGUGCAUUCAAUAUCCAGAGUUGGAUGUGGAUUUUGAACUGCGUUCAGGGCUUAUUCAUCUCCUUCCUAAAUUUAAUGGAUUAUCUGGUGAAGACCCUUCUAGGCACCUUCAGGAAUUUCAUGCAGUUUGCUCUACCAUGAAACCACACGGUAUUGGGGAGGAAGAUAUUUAUCUAAGAGCUUUUCCAUUUUCGUUAGCAGGAGCAGCGAAGGAUUGGUUGUACUCUAGAACUCCCGGUACGAUUACAUGUUGGGUAGAUAUUAAAAGAUCAUUUUUAGAAAAAUUCUUUCCUGCUUCACAAGCAGGAGCUAUUAGGCGAGCAAUCUGUAGUGUCCAGCAACUUUCUGGGGAGACAUUGUAUGAGUAUUGGGAACGUUUUGAAAAGUUAUGUUUUAGCUGUCUCUAUCAUCAAAUCAGUGAUCAUUUGCUCAUACAAUAUUUCUAUGAGGGACUCCUGCCCAUGGAUAGAUGUAUGAUCGAUGCAGCAAGUGGGGGAGCGUUGGUGAAUAAAACACCUGCAGAGGCAAGAGAGAUCAUUUCUACUAUGGCAGCCAAUGCCCAACAGUUUGGGAAUCGACAAGCAUCUACUAUGGGAGUAAAUGGAGCCCAGUUAUCUAAGUUAGAUGCUCAAGAUAUUAAGAAUAGCUUGUUACAGGAGAUGACUUCAGCAUUCAGACAGUUGGCACUUAGCCAUUCACAGCAGCCCACAACCCAGGCAGUGCCAACAGCAAUGAUUUGUGGACUUUGUUUUUGUUCAUCUCACACUAUUGACAUUUUCCCUUUGUUGCAGCAAGAGGGAAUUUCUUUUGUUUCCGACCACGUGGUAGCAGCAAAUAAUUUUCAGCCCCGAUCUCAAUUUUACCAACAGCCAUCUGGGAAUAAACAGUCAUACGAUCCUUUUUCUACUACAUACAAUCCCGGAUGGAGAGAUCACCCUAAUUUGAAAUAUGGGAAUCCAUAUUAUCAGCAGCCGCCAUAUCAGCAGCAGCCAUAUUAUCAGCAUCCAUAUCAGCAGCCAUAUCAACAACUAUCUUCUUCAUCCCAGAGGCCAGCAGUGUGUCCACUUCCUCAACUCCCUUACCGUCCAUCACAACUUCAAUUGCCCAAACCAGAACUUACCACACAAAAGAUGGAAGAGCUUAUACAGCAGAUGCAGUUAAUGACAAGUAAUCAGCAAAACUUAGAGAGACAAAUUGGACAGAUGGCGACAAUGCCAAACCCAAAAGGAAAUGUCAGUGCUAUUACACUUCGAAGUGGGAAGUCCACUGGGGAAGCAGAGCUCACACCAUUAGCACCAGUUACGAAUUCAGUAAGUUUGGAGCAGGAAACUGAACAAUCUGGGCACUUACCUUUUCCGCAGAGAUCUGUAGAAAUUGGGCAAAAGGAUGAUCGGAAGGCAGAGGAACUACGAGAGUUAGUGGAUACCUUCAGCAAAGUAGAAGUUAAUAUUCCAUUACUAAAAGUCAUUAAGCACAUUCCGAAGUAUGCAAAGUUUUUGAAAGACCUGUGUGUUCAUAAGAGAAAACUAAAGGGCAGUGAGCUAGUCAGUAUGGGUAAGAACGCUUCAGCACUAAUUCAGACGAUGCCACAGAAAUGCACGGAUCCAGGAGUCUUUACGAUACCUUGUGUUAUUGGGGAUAGUGAUUUUGGAGAUGCAAUGUUGGAUCUAGGAGCCUUAGUUAAUGUUAUGCCAAAAUCCAUUUUUGAAGCACUUUGUAUUGGACCUUUACAGACAACUGGAAUAGUUAUUCAGCUGGCCAACCGUAGUUUAGUUCAUCCUAUUGGGGUGAUAGAAGAUGUCUUGGUGAAAGUAAAAGAUUUAAUUUUUCCAGUAGAUUUUUAUAUUUUGGAUAUGGAGGGGAAUGUCUCUCCGGGACAAGCACCAUUAAUUCUUGGAAGACCAUUUCUAAAAACUGCUAGGACUAAAAUUGAUGUACAUGUCGGGACACUUACCAUGGAAUUUGGCGAUACAAUAGUACAAUUCAAUAUUCUAGAUGCAAUGAAAUACCCAGCAGAGGAUCAUUCACUCCUGAGCAUUAAUGUAUUUGAUGAGCUGGAUUUUGAGAUGCUAAGUGAUACUGCAGCAUAA